AUGUGUACAUUCUUGAGACGACAGUUACCGAGCGCCCCAUCCCCACACACCCAAACCCAGUGAGAGCGUGAGGCACGGCGCCAGUCGCCGACCAUGGAGAAUGAGGCGCGCGAAUCCCAUGGGACCGCACGGAACCGGGCACGGAGCGGCGACGGCGGCGAGGAUUUCAUCACCAGGCUCCCCGACGACGUCCUCGGCACCAUCAUCUCCCUCCUCCCCACCCAGGACGGCGGCCGCACGCCGGUUCUCUCCCGUCAAUGGCGCCACCUCUGGCGCUCCGCACCUCUCAACCUCGAGAUCGGCACCCGACCCCCCGACGCCGACGCCGACGGCCCCGUCCCCACCGUCCCACCCUCCGCUGUCUCCCAGAUAAUCUCCCAGCACCAUGGCCCCGCACGCCGAUUCUCCUUCCACUGCCGCGGCCACGACGACCUCUGCGCCCAGGCGGAGAGCUGGCUUCACUCCCGAGCCCUCGCCAACCUCGAGGAGCUCGACAUCGCCUACGCCUGCCCGCGGCUGCUGGCAUCAGUGCUCCGCUCCGCAUCCACCACCAUCCUGGUUGCCAAGAUCAACGAGUGUAAUUUCCCUGGCGAGAUCGUGCCGGCCAUGAGUUUCCCCAAUCUCAAGAAGCUUACCCUGUUUGACACUUCCAUCUCAGAGGACGUCUUCCACGCACUGCUCUCCGGCUGCCAUACCUUGGAGAGCUUAUACAUGGCCGAAGUUUCUGGUGCUGGUCGCCUCCGUGUUAGCUCGCCAACUCUCAAGACCAUUAUCUUCAGUCAUAGCUCCAGUGAAAUGGCAGAACUGGUGAUCUUGGAUGCUCCUCGCCUUGUAAGGCUACUAUUGCCUCGUUAUUACGAAAGUGACCGUGUGAUUAUCAGGGUAACUAGGGCGCCUAUGCUGGAGAUAUUGGGCCCUUUCAUAGCCGCCGUCUCCAAGAUCCUACUCUUUCAGGUAGCAGCAAAUAUCCUACUCUAUCAGGGAAUAAGCCCGGUCAGCUUGGCAAACUCGAUGCGCACCGUCAAGGUUUUGGCUCUCAGAUCUUCUGCAGAUAAGUUGCAUGCAGUUCUUAACAUCCUCAGGUGGUUCCCCUGUUUGGAGAGGCUCCAUGUCACUUUUCGUAAACACCAUGAUAGGGAUCAGAAAAAUGAGCCUCAGCAUGAACCACCGCAUCCAAUCGAAUGCCUUGAGACCCAUCUAAAAAAAGUGGUAUUUAAGCCAUUCGAGGGCUAUGGGAAACAGGUUGACUUUGCCAGGUUCUUUGUGUUGAGUGCAAAGGUGUUAGACAAAAUUGAAUUUGAAACACAUAAUCACUACGGCACUGAAAUGGUGGGUUAUGAACACAAGCUGCUACAAGUGGAAAACAGAGCCUCUCGACACGCUCGGUUUGUAUUCAAGACUUCAUACUGACUGAGUACCAUGUCAGUAAGCAUAUCCAUGAUUGGUUGGUCAGUAGCCGUCUAGCCGACCCCUUCCGACAGCCUUAGAAAGGGUUAACGCCUGAAGAUUGAGGUGUCUUGUGCUCAUUUGGUAGAUGGUGUUGAUGCCUGAAGAUUGCACCAUCUUCCGCUGUUUGCUCUGUUUCUAGUCUGUAGUUCCAGUAACUUAUUGUAUUAAAGUUUGAGUUUACUGAAAUGUAACUUGGUGCCAUCUGUCUUGUACAAAUUAGCUGCUCCCUCUGUAAAGAAAUUUAAGAUCUUUUAGAUCACUAGCUAGUAAUUUUACUCUUUCCUAGAGCAAGUAUAGCAUUGGAUUUGGCUAAGGACCUGAAAAUAAUGUUGGCUUUGGCAGGGAUCCUUGUGUGUACUGCUUCAUGCUUGUCAACUUGUUCUCUGCAUUGCUGCCAGAGAGAUUUAGAUUUUCUAGACAUGUUCGUAGCUUGCAGAACCAGGAGGCUUUUGCUGGAUCCUUGUCACGGUGGCCUGUGGGUGGAGUAGGCUUUCCCUGGGUAGUAGAAGAGAUCCGAGGUCUUGAAAGUAUGGUUUUGACGAGAUUGACUUCAUUUUUGUUGUAGGAGUGGUGAACACUUGAUGGCAGUUACUGAAAUUUCUUUCAGUAUACUAACUACUGCAGGAUGGCUGUGAAUAAGAAUGCUACUGUACCAAGUACGGUGGGCACAAUUUUUUCUUUUCUUUUCAAUACAAUCUUGUACGAAUGCUAUUGAGUGGAGCCAAGCUCAUUGCAUGGCAACAGCUACUGCUCAGGUGCUCAAGGAUUUAUUUUAGAAACCUGGGUAUUGCGUCAACAUGUGCAGUUUUCAGUUAGAAGCAUGACGAACGAGAGGUUCAGCUUCCUCCCAGUUUUAUGUCCUACUGAAGAUACUUUGCCCACCUUUUUUUUUCGAAAAGGACUUUGCCCACCUUCAAAGAGAAUACUUUGCCCAAUCGAAAUUCAUGGGGCGAUGCACCUGUUCCUAAAUGUGCUCUUGCUAUCUCAUGUGAAGAGGCCUGCAGAUUUAUUUAUUUAUUUAUUGUGAAAAAAACUCAGAUCUGUUAUAAAAAGUUCACCAGAAAUACAAAAUCACCUAAACACAGAGUAAAAAUUACGUCAAGGUCCCUGGAUCACCGCCGCUACCAAAACGAGCCACCGACGCGCCUGUCGCCGCUCCCAAAAUGGAGCCGGUCUGGCCUUAUAUAUGGCAGCCUACGA